AUGAAUCCCAAUGAUGAAACGAAUAACGACACAAAAGGAUACGAACACCAACAGUGCGAUUCGAACUUCCCGUCUACUUCGAAUGAGAAUAAUAGAGACAUACGUAUUGAAAUUAGACCACACAUAUGCGACGAGUGUGGUAAAGGAUUUAAGCAUAAACGCAAUUUGCAACGUCAUGAGUUAAUUCAUAAAAACGAAAAACCUUAUCAAUGCAAACUUUGUGAAGAUAAAUUUAGACGAAAAGAAACUCUAAAUCAGCACGUACUUACAAAGCAUAUCAAUGAUGAUCGUUACAAGGAUAAUAUGGACCAAUAUAAUGUAGGUGUGUCGUACAAAUGCGGAACGUGUAACAAAGGGUUUAAAAGCAAAUCGCAGUUGAUUGUUCAUGAGAGAACUCAUAAUGGCGAAAAACCUUAUGAAUGCAAACAUUGUGGGUUCAGAUUUUCUCAAAAAGGAAACCUAAGUAAGCACGUGAUUGCAAAGCAUAACAACGAUGGUCGUUGCAAGGAUAGUAAGGACAAAUACGAUGUAAGUGUGCCACACAAAUGCGGAACGUGUAAUAAAGAGUUUAAGGAUAAAUGGCAUUUGCGUCGUCAUGAAAAAAUUCAUAAUGGCGAAAAAACAUUUGAAUGCGAAUAUUGUGAGAAAAUAUUUUUGCAAAAAGGAAACCUAAGUAAGCACGUGAUUGCAAAGCAUAACAAUGAUGGUUGUUGCAAGGAUAGUAAGGACAAAUAUGAUGUAAGUGUGCCACACAAAUGCGGAACGUGUAAUAAAGAGUUUAAGGAUAAAUGGCAUUUGCGUCGUCAUGAAAAAAUUCAUAAUGGCGAAAAAACAUUCGAAUGCGAAUAUUGUGGGAAAAUAUUUUCGCAAAAAGGAAACCUAAGUAAGCACGUGAUUGCAAAGCAUAACAAUGAUGGUUGUUGCAAGGAUAGUAAGGACAAAUACGAUGUAAUAAGUGUACCACACAAAUGCGGAACGUGUAAUAAAGAAUUUAAAAGGAAAUCGCAGUUGAUUGUUCAUGAGAGAACUCAUAAAUACGAACAACAUUAUCUUUGUGAGAUUUGUGGAGAGAUGUUUAGGUGGGUACUUCACUGA